CUGCUUCAAGGAAGUUAGUUGAGAACACGGGUCGUUGCACCUCUAUGGCGGGGAAGCAAAACUACAGCGACGGCUGAAGCGCAGCCAUUGUCGCGUGGUUGUAGACCACGCAUGCGCGAAUAGUUUGUGCGGCGCGAAAAAGAAAAACGUCGUGCGUCCAGAAAUAUAAUUCAAAAACAUUAUAUUAAAAACAAUAAUUGUGUUUGUGUUUAAGUUAAAAAUACUAAAACAUAAUGAAGUAUAAGGUCAAGGACAUUGACAGUGAGAGCCAGCGGUCUGCUGCACAAUUGCCGGAUACCGCAAGCGGACUGGAGGAGAAAUUAGAGCGGACAGUGCGAUGUUCGUCGGUAAUAAUCAUCGCGCUAGGGUUGUCACUGCUUGCACUCGGCAUCUACACCACUGUGCUGGUGCUCACUGAGUACAAGAGCCCCCGACCCUGUCUCAGCGAAGUCUGCGUCAACACAGCGUCAAGAAUCCUAGCGGCAAUGAACAAAAGCGUCGAUCCUUGCGAGGACUUCUACGAGUACGCUUGCGGUGGCUGGAUAGAAAAGAACCCGGUACCGGAGUGGGCGACUUCCUGGGACCAGCUGGCGAUACUCCGCGAGCGUCUCGUGUCCGACCUGAGGGAACUGUUGGAAGAUAAAAACGAUGAUGGACUGCCUGAGAGUGUAUUGAAAGCUAAGGCGAUGUACCGCACUUGUAUUGAUGUUGAUAAACUUGAAGAGAAAGGCAUUGAGCCCAUCCAGAAACUUCUGGAAAGUCUUGGUUUACCAUCGCGUCCGCCCACCGAGGCCAGCGCGAACUUCACGUGGGAGGACGUUGCGGGACGCGCGCGCCGCCUGCUCGGCCUCAACGUCUUGCUGAGCGUGCAGGUCGCGGAGGACGUGCGGAACACUAGUCGCAACAGGGUCGUGGUGGAGCAAGUGUCACCUGGCUUUUCAGACCGCUACCUCCGUCAGCCGGAACAGUUCGCUCACGAAUUAGAGCAGUACCACAAAUACAUAAAGUCUGUGGUGGCCAUCGCCGAUCCUGAAGUUGAUGCACAGAAAUUUGCCGAUGAUAUUAUCGAGUUUAGCAAGAAAUUGGCUAUGAGCAUGACGUCGGUGGAGGUGCGGCGCGGCGGCACGCACCUGUUCCACGAGGUGAGCGUGGCGCAGCUCGUGCAGGGCGCGUCGGGCGGCCCGCCCAGCUGGAAACAGCACGACUGGCAGAAAUACAUCGAUCUGGUGUUCUCCAACACGAGUGUGGUGUUGGAUCAGAAUCAAGAUCGUGUCACUGUCAUGGACCUGCCGUACUUACACAAGCUGUCGGCACUGCUGGCCGAUACAGAUCCUGUGAUUAUCGAGAAAUUCCUCUGGUGGAGCGUGUUCUCGACGGUCGCCCCGAUGACCAAGACCGCUUUUAGGGACCUCGGCUUCGAAUUUUCGAAGGCCGUUUUCGGUCUCCAGCAGAGGACCCCUCGCUGGAAGAGCUGCACCGCCAACGUCAACGCCAACUUUGGCGUCGCCCUCAGCUACCUCUACGUCAAGAAGCACUUCGAUCAGGCGUCGAGACAGAAGGCCACGGAGAUGAUCGAGGACGUGCGCGAGGCGUUCUCCCGCGCGGCGGCGCGCGUGGCGUGGAUGGACGCGGGCACGCGGCGCACCACGCUGCGCAAGCUCGCCGCCAUCCGCACCUUCGUGGGCUUCCCCGCCUGGCUGCUCGCGCCCGCGCGCCUCGACGACCACUACCGACACGUCGAGGUAGUCGAAGGAGACUUAUUUGAAUCAUAUCUGAAGUUAACGUGGGCGAUGGUCAAGAAAUCCUUAGAGACCCUCAGGGAGAAACCCGACAGGGACAGAUGGGUUGCCACAGCCACCACGGUGAAUGCAUUUUAUUCGGCGACGCUUAACUCAGUCACAUUCCCAGCUGGUAUUCUCCAACCACCUUUCUACGGAAAUGGAAUUGAGGCGAUCAACUACGGAUCUAUUGGAGCUAUAAUGGGACACGAGAUCACUCACGGAUUUGACGAUCAAGGACGUCGCUACGACGAGCACGGGAACCUCGCGCAGUGGUGGUCGGCCGGCACGCUCGAGCACUACCACGCGCGGGUGCGCUGCAUCGUGGACCAGUACAGCAACUACAGCCUGCCGCAGCUGCCCGGAUACAAAGUGCACGGGUUCAACACGCAGGGGGAGAACAUCGCCGACAACGGCGGGCUGCGCGCGGCGCUGAGCGCGUACGCGCUGCUGGCGGCGCGCGCGCCCGCGCACUCGCGCGCCGCGCUGCCCGGCCUGCCCGCGCUGCGCACCGACCAGCUCUUCUUCCUCGGCUUCGCGCAGAUAUGGUGCGGUAAUACGACUACAGGCGCUCUCAAAUCUAAAAUGGUGGAGGGUGUGCACAGUCCCAAUAAAAUCCGAGUAAUCGGCACUCUCAGUAAUUCUAAAGAAUUCUCAGAGGCCUGGCAAUGUCCAGUGGGCUCACCCAUGAACCCCGAACAUAAGUGUGUGCUGUGGUAGACUAAAUGUGAUCUUAGAAAUAAUCGAACCAAAGACAAGACUCGAAUGUUACCAGUAAGUUACCCAUAGACUUAGUUGUUAGCUAGAUAGGACCAAAGGCAUGUUUCAUGAACAUACUAUGCGAGUCUACUCUUCAACUAUUCAAAAGAUUGAAAAUAAAAUUUAAUUUAUGCUUAAUAAUAAUUAUAUUAAUAAAAAACAGCAUUUUUUAUAUAUGAGAAUAGAAAUGCACACUAUUUAAUGCAUAAUAUUAUAAAAAAAAUCCGCAACAAUUAUGAAAAAUGUUCGUUUUCAAAAUUUUAAUUUGCCGUCCUCAAAAUAUUAUUCAUAGGAUCAAAAAGCGUUAUUCAGAUUUGCUAAGUAUAAACAUGAAAUAGGGCCAAGUAUAACAUAAGAAACAUUAAGUAAGAAAUAGUUUUAAUAACAAAAAUAAAGACAUAAAUUAUAAGAUCUAUUACUGAUUAAAGUUAACUAAUAUGUGAUACUAUAAUUAUGAAUGUGGCAUUUUAAAAUUAUUCAUUAAAUCUUGACAAACUGUUUAUUUUAGAC